UAUGUGAUAAUUAGAGCACAAAGCUGAUUCUGUUUCCUAAAACUUGUUUUUGUUCCUAGAUGAUUUCAACAAAGUAACUCUGUCUAUGAAAAGGGGCCAGGAAUUCACAGAUUACAUCAACGCCUCCUUCAUAGACGGCCACAGGCAGAAGGAUCACUACAUGGCCACGCAGGGCCCCCUGGCCCAGACGGUGGAGGACUUCUGGAGGAUGGUGUGGGAGUGGAGGUGCCACUCUGUCGUCAUGCUGACCGAGCUGCAGGAGAGGGAGCAGGUGGGUGAGCCGGGCUGCGGACAGAGCCUCUUCAUAAAAAUGAUAAGAGAAUAAGCGCAUAGCCAUAGUAACGCACACAGGCCGCAGCUAUUUAUAGCGUCUAACGGCAAACGUUUCUCUUAAGAAACAGGAAGCGGACAUGCUAAGUGCACAUUUUAUGGCGCGAACAGUUUUGGGAUGACAAACGUGCAGUUCAAUGCUCCUUGCUCUCGCGACUUUUUAUUGGGUGAAUGGCAUAAGUACGUUUACGACGUGCUUUUCUGACUCUGACGCACCCACGUCAAACUCAACAGUCGAAGUGGCCUUGCCCUUUUUAAAACGUAACGGCAGACAGUCAGCUAGCCUCGAGUUCGUUCUGCAAUCGUUCGUUCAGGCUGAUGGGCUUUUCCGCACCGGACUGUCAAUCACAUUGUAAAAAAUCACAGAACCGCUCAACUCUAUGGUUUUGGCUCCAAAUCGACAACAUGGCCGCGCCCGCCACUGAGCUUCAAAACGUGUUUUACAGACCCACGGAGAGGCAAUGGGUGACGUCACAGUAGCUUUGUCCAUAUUUUUUACAGUCUCUGGUCUCAACGCUCGCUAAAGGCAUGGCGACGCUAAGAGCAAGCGCAGUUGCGCAGCGGCGAUCGGCUGGGAGCGCGCGGUCGGGAAGCGAGGCGGCGGGCGCUCUGCCUGAGCCGUGCGAGCCGUGCUCUGCUCUGGCGGGGACGUACU